AUGAAAGCCUGGUCUGAGUUGUUUCCUUCCGCUUCGACAGUCCCUCUGGACAUCGACCAACGCUCGGUUUGCAUGAGAGACUCCAUCCAAGUAACAAUCGGAUUCGGAACUCAUCCCGGCGGAGCCCUUCUAUCUUCAUCAUUGACGCCGGUCACCAGCUGGUGUCGGCGAUGGAAAUUGACCAGCUGGCAGAGUGCCCAAGGUGACAGUAAAAUCUACAUAGUCUUCAUUGAAGGCGACCGACCAGCCGAUGCCCAUCCGUAUAUUGCGCUCGGCUUUCUGACCAGCUCCAUCAAGGAAGUCAAUUUGCCCGAAUCUUUUUAA